AUGGCGGCUAAGUCGAGCUCCAUCCUGCGGCGGGCUCUGCUCUACGUCCCCGCCUCCUCCCCACGCAUGCUGACCAAAUCCCUCGGCCUCACCUCCGACAACAUAACCUACGACCUCGAAGACUCCGUCACGCCCUCUGCCAAACCCUCAGCGCGGCACGCCCUACAACAGCACCUAACCUCUUUCCCCUCGCGCCCUUCCUCGAUCCGCGAGCUCGGCGUGCGCAUAAACGCCAUCACAACCCCCUUCGCCCUAGCCGACCUAACCGCCCUCGCCCCCCUCGCCACCGUCGACGCCGUCGUGAUCCCCAAAGUCAACAGCGCCAGCGACCUAACCUUCGCAACGGACGCGCUGCGGCACCUCGCGCUAUCCCGCCACGACCCGGCCUCCCCGGACCACAACCCCAUCAAGCUCAUCGCCCUUAUUGAGUCCGCGCGCGCCGUGACGGACCUGCGCGAAAUCUGCGCCGCGUCGCCGUACCUCAGCGGCCUGAUCUUCGCCGCCGAGGACUUCGCGCUGGACCUGGGCAUCACGCGGUCCCCUUCGCUGAGCGAGUUCCUGUACGCGCGGUCGGCUAUCGCAACGGCGGCGCGGGCGGCGAACCUGCCCAGCACCAUCGAUUUGGUGUGCACGUCCUACCGGGGCGCCGAGGGCCUCGCGCGCCUCGAGGAGGAGUGCAGGGGAGGUAAGGGGAUGGGUUUCAAUGGGAAGCAGUGCAUACACCCCUCGCAGAUCGAGACGGUGCAGCGGCUAUUCGCGCCGGGCGAGGCCGAGGCCGAGUGGGCGGUGCGCGUCGUGGUUGCGGAUGAGAAGGCUGCAAAGGCUGGGAGAGGGGCGUGGACUCUGGAUGGGGCCAUGAUCGACGCGCCCGUCGUGGGCAAGGCGAAGUCAAUCGUUGAGAAGGCAAAGAUGUGUGAUCUCGACGUCGAGGGGCUACGGCAGAAGUGGAAAGAUCAGGAGCCUGAAUAA